UUUGGAGGCUGGAAGCCUCCCUUGCCGCUGAAGCCCGUCUGUGCCGGAAUUCCGCCUCCUGAGUCUUCAGAGGAAAGACCCCCUGCCCCCUCCGACCAGCGCCGACCCUUCUGCCGAGCAAAGCCAUCUUCCUCCAGAGGGACUCGCCCCUGGGUCUGUGCCCUCCUGGCUUCAACUUCUGCCCCGCCAGACGCUGGCGAGGUCUUGAGCCAGCCCCGCCCCUUCCCUUCGCGCCUGCUUCGGAGAGAUGUCUUCCAGCGAGGCGGAGGCCACCCCCAGUGCUCAUGUGACAGCCGAAGAACCGGCGCAGCAGCCCAGCGUCGUGGACCGUGUGGCCAGCAUGCCCCUGAUUAGUUCCACCUGCAACAUGGUGUCCGCGGCAUACACCUCCACCAAGGAGAGCUACCCCCACGUCAAGACUGUCUGUGAUGUGGCAGAGAAAGGGGUGAAGACGCUCACAGCAGCUGCUGUCAGUGGGGCGCAGCCCAUCCUCUCCAAGCUGGAACCUCAGAUUACAUCAGCCAGUGGCUAUGCCCACAGGGGGCUGGACAAGCUGGAAGAGAAUCUGCCCAUCCUGCAGCAGCAUCCAGAGAAGGUCCUGGCAGACACCAAGGAGCUUGUGUCAUCCAAGGUGUUGGGGGCCCGAGAAGCAGUGUCCAGCACGGUGUCCGGCGCCAAGGACACUGUGGCCACCCGCAUGACAGAAGCGAUGGACGUGACACGGAGCACUGUGCAGAGUGGUGUGGAUAUGACCAAGUCCGUGGUGACCAGUGGUGUCCACUCUGUCAUGGGCUCCCGCAUGGGCCAGAUGGUGCUGAGCGGAGUGGACACUGUUCUGGGCAAGUCUGAGACGUGGGUGGACAACCACCUGCCCAUGACGGACGCCGAGCUGGCCCGCCUCGCCACGUCCCUGGAGGGCUUCGACAUGGCCACGGUGCAGCAGCAGCGGCAGGAGCAGAGCUACUUCGUGCGUCUGGGCUCCCUGUCAGAGCGCCUGCGCCAACGGGCCUACGAGCAUUCCCUGGGGAAGCUGCAGCACACGCGGCAGAGGGCGCAGGAGGCCCUGGCGCAGCUGACGCAGGCGCUCAGCCUGAUGGAAACCGUCAAGCAGGGCGUCGACCAGAAGCUGACGGAGGGCCAGGAGAAGCUAUAUCAGAUGUGGCUGAGCUGGAGCCAGAAGGAGCUUCCGGGCACGGAGAAGGCCGCAGCCAGGCCAGAGCAGGUGGAGUCCCACGCGCUGGCCAUGGUCCGUGACGUCGCCCAGCAGCUGCAGGCCACCUGCGCCUCGCUGGGCUCCAGCAUCCAGGGGCUGCCCGCCCACGUGAGGGACCAGGCCCAGCAGGCGCGCCGCCAGGUGGAGGACCUGCAGGCCACCUUCUCCGGCAUCCACUCCUUCCAGGACCUGUCCGGCAGCAUCCUGAUGCAGAGCCGGGAGCAGGUGGCCAAGGCCCGGGAGGCCCUUGACCACAUGGUGGAAUAUGUGGCCCAGAACACCCCUGUCACGUGGCUGGUGGGGCCCUUUGCCCCUGGAGUUACUGAGAAAGCCCCUGAGGAGAAGAAGUAGCAGGCAGGGAACUCGGGGUCCCGGGCCUGCCAGCGUGGCCACACGCUGUCCGGCGUCUCCCUGGGGGCAGACGUUUCUAACCACUUCUCCUGGUCUGUCUCACCUGGGGAACCCAAGGUCCUCAAAGCUGACCCGUCCCUCACCUCUCCGCGCUGAGAGGACGUGCGUGCUGAGCCGAGCCCUGCGGUCACUAGGGCGCUUUGAAAAAUGUCUCGAAAACUUCCCAAGUGCUUUUCUUGAAAUCAGAUCUAGUCUUCUCUGUCCCUCUGCCUUUCCACACGUGGGCUCGAGGGCUAGCCUUCAGGAGCCAACCUGGACCUGAGGCCUGCGGGGGACAGGGGCUGGGGUGACUUCGGCUGAAGGGGCCGCUCUCUGGGACCCGCCUGGCGCCCCUUGGGGGCCUUGGUGCUUCAUUGCUGCCUUAAUAAAUUUUACCUGCA